UAUGACUGAAAUCACGUGACUUUCGGCAGUUUGACACGCGCUCCGAAUCACUGAUUCGAAACAAAUGAUUCGCAAAGGAUUCGAAGCUUAGCGUGUUGGGAAAGCGCCCGUCACUGUUGCGAGGCGAAAUCAUAUGUUGUGAGCUGUUGACAUUGAAGCUAUAUUUCUGUUAACGAACACAACGCUUUCUGUACUUUUAUGCGCGGUAAUAACAUGUCAGCAAUUGUUCCCGCCGCUUGUAAAGCAACUGCCGCGGUGAUAUUCCUCCAUGGCCUGGGAGACACAGGGUAAACUGAAUCACGAUUACGCACGGAUGGGCUCAAGCUAUGGCAGCGAUCAGGACCCCUCAUGUCAAGUACAUUUGCCCUCAUGCACCAGUCAUGCCCGUCACCCUCAACAUGAACAUGGCAAUGCCUUCCUGGUUUGACAUAAUUAACCUCAAUCCUGAUGCGGAGGAAGAUGAAUCUGGAAUUAAAAGAGCUGCUGAAAGCGUCAAAGCACUGAUUGAUCAAGAAGUAAAGAGUGGUAUUCCUUCUCACAGGAUUGUGUUGGGCGGCUUCUCUCAGGGUGGAGCGCUCUCUCUCUACAGCGCGCUGACGGCGCCUCAGAAGCUGGCGGGUGUCGUCGCUCUCAGCUGCUGGCUGCCCCUCAGGAACUCCCUGUCACAGUCAGUGAUAAGCAGUAAUAAGGACAUAUCGGUGCUGCAGUGUCACGGCGAAGAAGAUCCUCUGGUUCCCCUUAUUUUUGGCAGUCUCACUGUAGAGAAACUCAAAAUGAUGCUGAACCCCUCCAAUAUCACCUUUAAAACAUAUCCUGGGAUGGCUCACAGUGCAUGUCCUGAGCUAAAGAAAAGAAUCUAUGGUAGUGUUUCAACGACUUUCCAAAAGAGGGAACAAAUAUCAAGAGAUUGAAUACAACAGUCGGAAAAGAGCUUUUUAGGAAAUGAUGGAUAUCAAACAGUUUAUUGAGAAGCAGCUUCCUCCAAUCAAUCAAUAAAUCAUUUAUACUCUAAUUGGACAUUUGACUCAGUUACUUCCAAACCCAGCGUGAACUGAAGAGUAUUUAUUAUGAAAAUAAUAUACUUAAUAUAUACUUUUUAAUAAGUGCAAACUGUUUUUGUGAAUAUUUUGAAUGAAAGACUAAGAGGAGAAAUUGCAAUUUUUCAGUCAUUUUUGCUCCUAUUUACCAAGGGUGCCGAUAUUUGUGUAGCCCACUGUACUGUAUAUAUAACUUUUGACCGCCAAACAUUGUUUAAUUGUGAUUAUGAGCAGAUCUCUUGAAACCUCAAACUGUCCUUACAGUGUUAAAAUUAGGUUAAACUUAAUUCCCAUUUCCAGAUGUGACUGUCUAUUUUCAAAUCAAAGAUUGUAUGCUAGAUUAAUGGGACAUUAAAACAGUUUGUUUGUGUUUACUUUA